GGUCCCAUAUCAGGUUCCGGCUGAGUUUGCCAGGAACAAAAAGAGGAGGAGGGCACAGAGGUUUGGGGGAAGGAAGUCUAAGGGUGAUAAGAGACGCACGGAGGCUUUUCCCAAUCGGACUGGUCAGGGUAGUCUGCACAGAUGGAAGAGCCGAUAGUGGAACCCACCCGGGUGCUUGAACCCGCGGUGGUUGUCGAACAGACCGAAGAGGGCAAAGCACAGCUAGCCAGUAAGAAUGGCAAGAAGCCUGAGGGAGCAGGUGGAAGCUCCUUCUUCACCUGGUUCAUGGUGUUGGCCCUCCUGGGGGUCUGGACCUCCGUGGCCGUCGUCUACUUCGACCUGGUCGACUACCAAGGCACCAUCGCCAAGGCAAAGGACAUGCACAGUACCCUCUCUGAGACACUGCAAGGGAAACUUUCGUCCUAUGACGCCGAUGGAGAUGGUGACUUCGAUGUGGAGGAUGCUAAAGUAUUACUAGGACUGAAAGAGAAGGCUACUGUCGACAUUAGCAGAGAGGGAGCACCAGAGGAGGCUCCUGCAGCACCUGUGGAAGAAGAACACGUUGUUGAAGAAGUGAUCGAGGCCGCCAAAGCAGAGGAAGCUGCUGCUUUCCCACCAGAGCCUGAGGUUGUUGAGGAGGAAGAGCCUGAGGUGGAUGUGCCUGAAAUCUUUGAGGAAGAGCCCGAAGUUCUGGAGGAUGAUUCUUCUCCCUUUGAGGAGCAUUCUUCUCCCUUCGAGGGGCAUUCUUCUCCCUUCGAGGAGGAUUCUGCUCACUUCGAGGAGGAUUCUGCUCACUUCGAGGAGGAUGAGCCUCAAAUCGAGGAGGAUGAGCCUCAAAUCGAGGAGGAUGAGCCUCAAAUCGAGGAAGAGCCCGAAGUACUGGAGGAUGAGCCAGAGGAUGAGGAGGAGGAGGAGGUUAUUGAGGAGGCCGUACCAGUUGAAGAAGAGGCUGCCCCUGUGGAGGAGGUAGUUGCCACUGUAGAAGAGACCUUCGAGGAAGAGGCUGCCCCCGUUGAGGAAGAGGUUGUAGAGGAAGCCGCCCCAGUCAAGGAGGAAGCCGCACCUGAGGAUGAAGAGGAUGAACCUGUUGAGGAGGUGGUUGAUGAAGAGGCCACACCUGAGGAGGAAGAGGAUGCACCCGUUGAAGAGGAAGCCGUCCCAGUUGAUUGGGAAGUCGCUGCCGUGGAACAGGCUGUUGAGGAAGAGGCCAACCCCGCAGAAGAAGAGGCUGCACCAGUUGACGAGGAAGCUGUGGAGAAGGAGCCAGCAGCAGAGGAGACAUUGGAUGAGGAGGCAACACUAGCAGAAGAGGAGGUAGAAGAAGAAGCAGCAGAAGAAGAAGAGUCUGAACAGGAAGUAGAAGCUGAAUCAGAAGAAACUCAAGAGGAGGAAGCUCUUCAGGAAGAGCUUCCAGAGGAGGUAGAUGGAUUUGAUGAGCCAUUUGAGGAGUUCACAGAAGAACAUACCGAGGUAGAAGAACAUAUUGAAGAUGCACCAACAGAAACGUAGAGUCUCAGCGCAGUAAGACGGAGCGAGGACCAGCCCACUGAGCACGUGCAGCCGUGCUUCCCCACCUCUAGAGAAAGAGUAGCGUUGCCACGACUUUCGCCACUGUCUCCGUUUUUUCACUCACACACUCAGAAUGACGUUUUUCUUCCAUUAGUGUAAAAUCUCACUGUUCCAUUACUUGUUUGAUUAGUAUGUUGUUUUUCUCUCUUGCCUUUUUGUUUUCUUUUCUGUUCUACUUUGUUUCCACGUUUUUUAGUUUAAAGAAUUCCCAUUUCCUGUAUUGGAAAGUAUCAAUGAAUUUCUCUUCUGGAUGUGUAGGUAGAUCAUUUGAGUUGUAGGUUGUUUUUCCUUUCCUGUGUAUAACAAGCAGAGGCACGUGUUGCUUUGCUAGUGAAAGAUCUUCACAUGUCUGAAGCGAGUUCAGCAGUGUGCUUUCACCCUGUUGAAUCGUGGGUCAGAACUUCAACAUUUUCAAUGUUUUUUUUGUUUUUGUUAAACGUGAAGGUAUUAUGCAAAGCUGCACUGAUCUUUCGUGGCAAUUUCACUCUAAGUUUUGUAUUACCAGUAUGUAGUGAGUCUACUACACGUGGAAGGUAAACUCGGACAAGUCAGGUGACGUGUUGGGCGAGUGUGUGUGAGCUUUAGUGUGUAUGACUGAGAAUGUGUGUAGAUGUUUUGUGUGUGCGUGCGACUGUGUGUCUGUAGACAUAUCGCUUUGAAAAACAAUCCCUAUUAGCCGUAGUUCUCAUUAAGAUGUGUUUGAGACUCUUCCUCAUUUCGUUUUUGUUUGUUCCAACUCCUAGUACCUCUCACUCUGAUAUUUCUUAAGUACUGAAAGUGUUUUUGACUCACUCAGACCUCGAGCCACAACAGUGAACAUCUUUUUGUAUUUCUUAGAAUCGAUGGGAACACAUUUAUUUUCCAGCAGUGCGAGUUUUAUUUUAUUGUCACUUUUGGACAGUAUUUCGGUUGGAAGUAAACUCUCCAAAUGGAAGAUAUGUUGGCGUAUGUUAUUUUGUUCUGGGAAAAACAGAUACAAAAACAACACAGGGAGAUGAGGGAAGGGCAGGGUGUCUGAGUAUAUGGUCGUAACUCUUAGGUUUAGCUCAGUGUGGAUGUAGCUGCUCUGGGCUAACGGUCUGACACAACCCCACCCAGUCUCCUGGUGUCUCAGGUCCUCCCAAUAGGUCUGCCACACACACACACCUGGUCCAACAGGAAUCUGAUUCAUCCAAAUUCAUAAUUCAAUACACUUAAACAAAAAAGUCUGCGUCAACAAUGUUCAUAAACUUUUGUUCCAUUUCUCUCUAAAUGUACAGGUCCACUUUCACUUGUAUAUUAACUGGCUCUAGCCCAGGGCAAGUGCUUCAUUUGGAACAAAGAUUUAUGAAUGUCUGGGAUUGUGGAAGAUUUUAGCAGACACCAGGAACACAUCUUGUUGUCCCUCUGCAUGUAUUUCAGUGCAGCCCCUAAAACCAGCUGGAUCCAACUGUUCAAAGAGAAAUGCUGUAGUACGUCUAGAAUGGAACGUGACUGUGUAACCUGUUAACUAAUAUCCUAACCACACCCAACUCGAAUUUGGCUAGCAUUUACUAUUGACGUUAUUGUCAUUAAGGUUGUCAUUGUUGUUUUUACUACAAGGACAAUGCUAGCUCGUGAUCUGGACUUGAGGCUGGAGGGUUAAGAUCAUGUUUAUUAUUUUGAAGGAGUUACGUGUUUAGUCUGUUCAAACUCCUCCGUAAUGUUUCUGUGAAUUCAAAUUGGUGUGUUUUAUUUUUUUAAACUUUCCAUUGUAGCAGUUUUCUGUGCAUUGUGGUAUUAAGGGGCCAGAUGAUAUGAUGCUGAUUUAAUGUGAUGGACUGUAGGAAAUGCUGCAAUGCAAAUCUUUUCUGGGGGGGAAACGGUUUGUUUUGACAUAUAAAACAAGUCAAGUGGUUGCAAUAUAGUUUUUAGUACAAAUUUUGUCUUUUUUCUAUAACACUAAUGGGUAUUUUUCUAUUCCCUAACACUUUUGAAGUUGAUGUGAAUUUUUAACGUGGUGUUAAUUUUACAUUAUACAAAACUUUACGAGAUCUGUUCUAGAUUUUUAAAUAAAAAUACACUUUCUAGGAUCAAAACUUUUUUUCUGAAUUUGAAAGAAAGUGUUCAACUUUUUGAAAGCCAUACGUGAAAGGUGAGCACUGCUGCUCAGAACAGAUUAACUCCAAGGGGAAGCCAUUGCACAACUAGCAAUAACAAAACAUCACUACAAUCUCAAAUUGCAGUUCACAUAUGAACAGAAGUUCACACACAGAAAAACAUGUCAGAGGUUUACGUAGUAUCCUGCUAUACAGGCUAGAAGGUUUUUAAAUGCAUCCUGUAUGCAGGGUUGGUUGACUGUCACAGUUUCUGUAAAUGUUCUGUUGAGGGGCUGCAAUAAAGGUUUGGGACAACA